AUUUCUUGAGGUCUUGCUGCACUCUUGUGCUCAGGGCAUGUCCUACCUCCACGCCAGUGACAUCCAGGUCCACGGCCGCCUGAAGUCCACCAACUGCGUGGUGGACAACCGCAUGGUGGUGAAGAUCACAGACUUCGGCUGCAACGCCUUUCUCAGCCAGGAACACGACCUGUGGACGGCGCCGGAGCACCUGAGGGAGGAGGGCACCUCUCAGAAGGGAGACGUCUACAGCUUCGCCAUCAUCUGCCAGGAGAUCGUCCUCAGGAGGAGCACCUUCUACACCGAGGCCUGCUUGAAGAGAUCAGAGAAGCUGUCCAGAGUCAUCGCAUCCUACUUCAGGCCUGAUCUGAACCUGGAGACAGCUUCAGAGAAAGAAUCGGAGGUUUAUAUGUUAAUAAGAAGCUGCUGGGAAGAAGAUCCAGAAAAGAGACCCGACUUUAAGAAAGUGGAAGGCCUGCUGGGUAAAAUCAUCAGUAAAAUUCACAACCAGGACAACGAGAGCUACAUGGACAACAUGAUGCGGCGGCUGCAGAUGUACUCCAGGAACCUGGAGCACCUGGUGGAGGAGAGGACGGCGCUGUACAAAGCGGAGCGGGAUCGAGCCGACUGCCUCAACUUCAUGCUGCUCCCUCGGUCUGCUCACUCAAACACUCAUUAUCAUUACUGAGACGGCACAAACGGUACAGAGCCCCAUGGGGCGACAACCGGCACAGCAGUGU